GGACAGGAGGACCCUCACCUGCUGGCAACUCUGACAUUGGCCUCCUCUGCUCCCUCUCUCUCUCCUGCCCAGCUCACAACAGAAGGGCUAGAGGCAGCAAAGGUGAAGUUGUGGCAACAUGGCAGCUACUCAGAAACACAACCUUUUCACACCAGAACCUCACUACAUCCCUGGCUACGCUGGCUUCUACCCACAGCUGCGCUACCAGGUGGGCAACACCUAUGGGCGCACCACAGCACAGUUGCUCACAGACCCCAGCAUUCAGAAGAGCCCCUGCUCUGUGUUGUCACCCAUUGCCAAGCCCAAGUUUAUUGAGGACUUCAGCAAGUCUAAGUCUGCCAGGGUCCCCUGCCGAGACCUGAUGGAGCCCCACAUCCCCCACUACACGGGCCUGCAGCCUCACAAGAACUUCAAGAUCAUGGGCAGGUUUCCUGCCCAGGAGAUGGACAACCAGAGGAUACCAGAGAUAGACAAUGUGUCCAGGCAGGUCCUGCUGCCAGCAAAUUUCAUGCCCUACCCACCCUGCCCCCCGUGCCCUCCGGGCAAGAAGGAAUCCCAAGACCUGGGCCACCCAGGCCUGCGACUGGCACGUGGAGAGGAGGCCUGGCAGAGCCCUGCCACAGAGGCCCCUGGGCAUUACCAGCUUUACCACUGCAGGAGGGAUGAGUACCCACCUCCAGUCCCCCAGCAGGAGACACUGGAUGUGAGCAGGUUCCACAGGCUACCACAGUUGGACCACCCCAACUUGAUCCAACGCAAGGCCAUUUCAGGAUAUGCUGGCUUUGUGCCCCGCUUUGCCUGGGUAAUGGGGACGAAUUACCGAGACGGAGUCAUACAGGCAAUGGAUGAGUUUGACAGGAACCAGUUUCUGUUCAGAAAUCCCAUCUGUGCCCUGGGAGAGAGGCUGCCCAAGACGUACUGGCCCAACCAUGCCAUCUACAACAGCCAAGGCCUGAUCCCCUUCUACAUGGGAUUCAUACCAUCCAUGCAGGACAACUAUGCGAUGACGUUCGGCAAUAGCACAAGGAAGGCCUAUAAAAAGGAACUUAAGAGGCGAAACCAGGCACUAUGAAAAUGCUUUAAUGUGGUGUUGUGAAGUCAAGACAGAAAGAAUUAAGUGCACACACAGACAAAGCUAUCGGAACAGAUUGUAAGUGAAUAAAAGUUCACGUGGCUGCCAGGCUUUUACCGGGUACAGCUCUAGGCCA